GUGUUUUUUAUUGCAUGUAUUAAACGAAACGGUCGCGACGUAACAAAUUGAACAAAAGACGCGCGAUAGUUAAGGGCACGAAGUCAAUACAAAGUGCAAGUGGGCGAAUGUCGCCGCCUACAUAUCGAUAUGUAUGUAUGAAUCGUGUCUCCGACUGGUAUGAACAUAAGUGUUGGCUGUGUGUGUGUGUGUGUGUUUGUGCAACGCUGUGUGGAAAUUAACGUAGUGUGAAGAAGUUGCAAAAACGACGACGAAAAUUCGAAACUAAAAUCAAAGACGCAGCAGCAUCUCGAGCAGCUGCAACAACAACAACAACAACAGCAACAGUAACAGCAACGAAAUUUCAAGGCACACACAACUACAGACGACCCGACAUGGAGGAGAAACGUAUUGCGGACUAUUUUGUGGUAGCCGGAAUGCCAGAGCAGCCGCAGCUGCUCCAGGAGAACAUAUUCAAUGAUUCGGGUCGCCUGCGGGCGGCCAACACAAUAGAGCCCAUCACAGAUAUUGGCGUCUACUUUCCACUGCUGGGCGAACAGUUGCCCGACGGCUAUGAGCUGCUGGAGCACACGCCCACUGGUCUGCCCGCCAAUCUGAAUCAUGGCUCGGUGCGUACCACCGAAUGCUACAUAUACUUUCGACGGGGCAAAGAUCGGCCGCCACUAGUGGACAUAGGUGUGCUCUAUGAUGGCCAUGAGCGGAUCAUGUCGGAUGCUGAAAUAGUGGCCGAAACGCCAGGCGGCCGUGUGGCCAAUGUGAAUAACUCGUCGGCGAAAACGUUUCUCACAUAUCGACGAGCCCGUCCAGACAUGCCCUGCAAUGAGCUCGUGGUCACCGAACUCUGUGUGAUUGUCCAGAGCAAGGGAGAACGCCCACCGCACGCCUUCUGUCUCAUCUACAAGACACUGAAUAAGGGUUACGUGGGCAGCGAUGUCUAUUUGUGCUACAAGAAGUCCAUGUACCGUCCCAAGCAUAUUAGCUAUAAACCGGAAAUAUUGUUACGAUAUCCCACCGUGGAUCACACGGACUUUCCACUCAAACUGUGCCCAAGUGUGCCACUCUUUUGCCUGCCCAUGGGCGCUAGUCUGGAGGCGUGGCCACAUGUCAAUGGCACCGAGAAGCGCAAACCGAUCAGUCCAGUUUUCAGCACCUUUGUGCUGACUGUCGCCGAUGGCACCUACAAGGUCUAUGGCUCAGCUUUAACCUUCUACGAGGAUUACGAUGAGUCGCAGCUGUCGCCGGAUCAGAAAGAGUUGCUUGGCUGGAGCGAGGAGUUUGGCUCACAGCAUUCGCUGCACAUGAUCAAGGCCAUCUGCCUGCUGUCACAUCAUCCAUUUGGCGACACCUUCGACAAGUGGCUCAAAUAUUUGCACCGCAUGGUUCUGUAUGGCAUCAAUAUACCGAUUCCCGUGGAGCGUUAUAUUAUCCAACUGCUGGACGAAGUGCCAUUCCCAGCGCCAAGCAUACAUCUACAGCUGUCCAGCGAAUCGAAUGAUCGCAUAUUGCUCACACAACCCGAGGAUUCGCCAUUGCCGCGCAGUGGAGCCGGGUUUCAUAUGCUCCUUCAGAAUCUGGGCACCGACAAUUGUCUGCAUGUGCUCCUGCUGGCGCUCACCGAGCAGAAGAUACUCAUACACUCGCUCAGACCUGCUACGUUGACUGCCGUGGCCGAAGCCAUUGUCUCGCUGCUGUUUCCCUUCAAAUGGCAGUGUCCCUAUAUACCGUUGUGUCCACUGGGCCUGGCCGAGGUGUUGCAUGCCCCAGUGCCGUACUUGAUUGGCGUUGAUUCGCGCUUCUUUGAUUUGUACGAGCCGCCCACAGACGUCACCUGCAUCGAUCUGGACACUAAUAACAUUAGCUUGUGCGACUCGCAGCGUCAUUUGUCCCCCAAACUGCUGCCGAAACGUGCGGCACGUCUGUUGCGUCAGACGCUCACCGAACUGGAGAACGCCAAGCCCAUUAGCUAUGACUCCACCAAUAGCUUGGAUCGGGACAUACGCAAACGCAAGCGUGAGCUGGUGCUGGAGCAGCGCAUUCAGGAGGCAUUCCUGCUCUUCAUGGCCUCCAUAUUGCGGGGAUAUCGUGACUACUUGGUGCCCAUAUCGAAGGCGCCGUCUGUUGGCGCCACAGAUCCAAGUGCUCUAUUCCAGCUUAAGGCUUUUCUACGCUCUCGCGAUAAGUCGCACCAGAAAUUCUUUGAGCUUCUGAUGAAAACUCAGAUGUUCAUAAGAUUCAUUGAGGAGCGCAGUUUUGUGUCCGAUGGCGAUCAUGGCUUGAGCUUCUUUGACGAGUGCGCCGAGAAGGUGGGCGGUUACGAUGAGACGCCCGCCCAGCUGCAUCUGGUGGAUUGGGACACGGGACAAAACAGCGAACGGACCAAGUACAUCUUUCCGCCGGACAGCGUGACGAGUGCGUCGGGUGGAGGCACCUCCAACUAUCAUUAUCAUAACUUUACGCUGCAGCCAGAGCUGUUGCAGAGCACAAGGAAGACGGCGCUGUCGCAGUUCCUGCAGCUGCAACUGAAUGCUUCACUGUCGCCGGGUUCCCCCAUCGCACGUCGGACCAAGCACGAGGUGAAGCUGUCGCAGAAGAUGGCCAGUCGUUGCCAGCAGCAUCCGGAGGCAUGGUCCAAGUAUCUCUUGGCCACCUGCUACUCGCUGUACUUUCUGAUACUGCCCUCCAUGGUGUUGGAUACACGGCAUGCGGGCAAGGAGCAUGAUAUACUCCGUGCCGCCUACGAUGUCCUGGUGCGUGCCAGCAAGCUGAAGAUCACGUGUGAUGAGUUCUGUUAUCGCAUCAUGAUGCAGCUCUGUGGCAUUCACAAUCUGCCGGUGCUCGCCGUCCGCUUGCACUAUCUGAUGAAGCGUUCCGGCGUUCAGCCGAAUGCCUUGACCUAUGGCUUCUACAAUCGCUGUGUCCUGGAGUCGCAGUGGCCCAGCGACAGCACGACGCUUAGUCAGAUACGCUGGAACCGGAUUAAGAAUGUUGUCAUGGGCGCUGCGCACUUUCGACGCGCCGGGAAGCGUCGUGCCGCCUCCAAGGUGUGCAAAUCUCUCAGCGCCUCGCAUGAUCACAAUCUGAGCACCUUGGAGAUGGUCGAUGGCCAGUCGCGCAGCAGCCUGGCCAGCUCUGGAGAAGGCGGUGGCGGUGGCGGUGGCCUCCUUGACUUUGCCGCCUUCGAUAGGUUGCGCAACAAACUGGGCAGCAUUGUGCGUCAAACUGUAACUGGCGGUGCUCCAGAUGCGCUGCCCACGGGAGAUGUGGUGAACAGCGCUGGGCUCCUCAUCAGUGGUGAAUCCAACGCAAGCAGCGCCAAUGGAAGCACUCCUCACACGCCCCAUACGCCCACAUAUGGUGAUGAUUCCCAGUUGCUGAGCAAACCUCGCAAGCAAAUCAUGAGUAUUGGCGAUGGGGAAGAUGAUGACGAUGAUGAAGAUGCUGAUGGCGUUGCUGAUGACGAUGAAGAUGGGCAGGUGGAGAGUGAGGAGCAAACGACGCCGAUUACACCUCAAAAGAUCAAACAGGAUCGACAGUUUGCAGGCGGCGAUUAUGAGCUAGACGUGGAUGUGGAUGUGGAUGAGGACCAGGACGUAGACGAGUUGGAUGAGCAUGUAGUUGCACAGCGAGCCAGACAACGUGUCCAGAGUCCCACCAAAAUCUCCCCGAGGACGCCCGUCACCCAAAACGAUCCACUUGGGGCACUCAACGAGGAGGAGGCCACGCCCACACAGCAGCCAGAGACACAACCAGAGAUUGCAGCAGCCACAGCUCUCAAUAGCAACAUGUACAGCGAUAAACCGAUUCUGUUCCGCGGACAACGUAGCGCCACCUUUGACGAGUCCACGCAGAUUGGCAAGAGUAUGCACAGGUCGGAGACGAUGCCGGUGGCCAGCAGCGGAGUCACACACAGCUUGGCCAAUAUUGGGUCAUCGCUCAAGUUCACAUUCGGACGUUAUUCACCCGCACGAUUGUCCCUUAAGAAAGACUUGAAAUUGCCCGCCAAUAUUAUAGAAAAUAUAUCAAGCAUAAGCCCCAGCCUGACGGGCAAAAAGUCCAAUGAACUGAUCCAAGGAAGCUUGAGUAGCAUUAAAUUUGCGGCGAAUUCGUUGACGCGCAAAUUUGAUGAGAUCAAGGGAGCAAUUUCGGCGAAUUCGACGCCGGUGAAGACGAACAAUGGAAACUAUGUGCAUCAUCAUCCCCAUCACCUGCAGCAUCAUCAUCAUCAUCAGCAUCAUCAGCCGGAUGCAUAUGCGGGCGGCGAGGAACAUGACACACCAGGCGGCACCGAGGAGGGCAAAUUGCGACGCGUCUCCAGCGAUCUGGAUCCUUGGGGCAGGUUGAGUGAGUCCCGCAAGUCCAGCUAUAACAAUUUAGUGCCGCUGGGUGAGAAUAGCUCCAGUGCAGCUCUACAAAUGCACGCAUUCCCCGCGGUGCCCGACAAUCUCUACAGCCUUAUGACGGAGGCUUCUGCGGAUCCCGAUUGCGAUGUUCUGAUACAGUUGACGACCUGCUCACAAUGCCACAACUGCUCGGUGCUCGUCUAUGAUGAGGAGAUCAUGAGCGGCUGGUCAGCGGAGGAUUCCAACUUGAAUACCACCUGUCAUGCGUGCAACAAGCUAACGGUACCCUUCCUAUGUGUCCAAAUCACACGACUCUCAUCCACUGAGAGUGAGACAGAUGGUGAGGGCGUCGCAGCUGACAAUUCCAGUCUGACGGUACCGUAUCUAAAUCCACUGGUACUGCGCAAAGAGCUGGAGAAUAUACUCACCCAAGAGGGCGAUAUGGCGCUCAUCAAACCCAACUUUGUUGAGGAACAUCCUAUCAUCUAUUGGAAUCUUUUGUGGCUCAUGGAACGCAUCGAGGGCAAGACACAUCUGCCGGAACUUUGUCUGCCGCCAACAAGUGAUGAGGAGCAACUGGAUCCACUGACCAAGGUCAAGACGGUGCACAUACAAUGCCUGUGGGAUAAUCUAAAUCUGCAUAGCGAAACCAGCGGUCCACCCAUGUAUAUUCUGUAUCGGGAGACGCAACCGACGAGUCCAUUGAUCAAGGCUCUGCUCACCGAUCAGGCGCAGCUCAGCAAGAACGUUAUACAACAAAUAAUUUCGGCGAUACGUUGCAACGAUCUGGCAACGCCGCUAAAGCGGUUGGCCAACGAACGCCACAAGCUGAAAAAUAACGGUGUGGAGAGAUCGCACUCAUUCUAUCGGGACAUACUCUUCCUGGCGCUAACGGCCAUUGGGCGUGCCAAUGUCGAUCUGGCCACAUUCCAUCGCGAAUAUGCGGCCGUAUUCGAUAAAUUAACCGAGCGCGAGUGCAACAUGUACUAUCGGAAUCAGGAUCUGCCGCCAUCGGCCUCAACGAUCUUCUGUCGGGCGUAUUUUAAGCCCUUGUUGUUGCCCUGACGGGCGGCUGUGAACUAUGGAGACUGUGACGAGGAUGUGGAUGCGGAUGCGGAUGAUGAGGCGGACGAUGAUGUGAAACCCUAAAAGACAAGGCGACCAAAAAGUAACAAACAACAACAAACUACAAAACGCUUAACACAACCCACAUCAAAUGACAAAAACAAAAAUGAACAUGAAAAACAACAAUUUGACUUGUAAAUGACUUGAACUUAAAUUUUAAGUACUUAAUUUUUGUGUGUUUUCCUUUGAAUUAAUUGACAAUGAUUUUGUUGCUUGG